CCUGAGAGAGAGAAAGAGAGAGAGAGAGAAUGUGUGUGUGAGAAUGAGAGAAAGUGUAAGAGAGAACAACAGAGAAUGUGAGAAAGAGAGAGAGAGCAAUUGUGAGAAAAAGAAUGUGUAAGACUGUGUGUGAAAGUGAGAGAAAGAGCAAGAGAGAGAGAAAAUGUGAGAGAGAGCGCGAGAGCAUCUUUGUAAAAAAUGUUCGGGAAAAGACAUGGAAAUGCCUCGGGAAGAGGCAUGGAAAAGACAUUGAAAAUCAUCACAUAAAAGACAUGGAAAAGUUUUAGGAAAAGGCUUGGAAAAGGCUUGGAAUAGUUUUGGGAAAAGGCUCAGGAAAAGGCUUGGAAAAGUUUUGGGAAAAGGCAUGGAAAAGACAUGAAAAAUCAUUAUGGAAAAGACAAGGAAAAAGCAUGAAAAAAUCAUGGUAAAGGCACCGGAAAGGGCUCUGAAAAAGGCAUGGAAAAGACAUGGAAAAAGCAUGCUAAAGUCUCUGGAAAAUACAUGGAAAAUACAUGGAAAAGACAUGGACAGUCAUCAUGGAAAAGACAUGGAAAAGCCUCAGGAAAUGACAUGGAAAAGCCUCUGGAAAUGACAUGGAAAAGCCUCUGGAAAAGACAUGAAAAAGCCUCGGGAAAAGACAUGGAAAAGGCUCAGGAAAAGACAUGGAAAAGGCUCAGGAAAAGACAUGGAAAAGGCUCAGGAGAAGACAAGGAAAAGCCUCUGGAAAAGGCUUGGGAAAGCCUCGGGAAAAGACAUGGAAAAGGCUCAGGAAAAGACAUGGAAAAGCCUCUGGAAUAGGCUUGGGAAAACCUUGGGAAAAGACAUGAAAAAAGGCUUGGGAAAUGACAUGGAAAAGCCUCUGGAAAUGACAUGGAAAAGACAUGAAAAAGCCUCGGGAAAAGACAUGGAAAAGGCUCAGGAGAAGACAUGGAAAAGCCUCUGGGAAAGGCUCGAGAAAAGGCAUGGAAAAGCCUCUGGAAAAGGCUUGGGAAAGGCUCAGGAAAAGACAUGGAAAAGCCUCUGGAAAAGGCUUGGGAAAGGCUCGGGAAAAGACAUGGAAAAGCCUCAGGAAAAGACAUGGAAAAGCCUCAGGAAAAGACAUGGAAAAGGCUCGGGAAAUGACAUGGAGAAGCCUCUGGAAAAGGCUCGGGAAAAGACAUGGAAAAGCCUCUGGAAAAGACAUGGAAAAGGCUCGGGAAAAGACAUGGAAAAGCCUCAGGAAAAGACAUGGAAAAGCCUCAGGAAAAGACAUGGAAAAGGCUUGGGAAAAGACAUGGAAAAGCCUCUGGAAAAGGCUCGGGAAAAGACAUGGAAAAGCCUCUGGAAAAGACAUGUAAAAGGCUCAGGAAAAAGCAUGCUAAAGCCUCGGGAAAAGACAUGGAAAAAGCAUGCUAAAGUCUCUGGAAAAUACAUGGAAAAGACAAGGAAAAUCAUUAUGGAAAUGACAUGGAAAAGCCUCUGGAAAAUGCUUGGGAAAGACUCUGAAAAAGGCAUGAAAAAGAAAUGGAAAAAGCAUGGAUAAGACAUGGAAAGUCAUGGAAAAGUAAUGGGGAAAAUACAUUCAAAAAUACAAUCUAAGUGCCCAAAUCACUGCAUGGACCCGGAGGCUCCUGACUGUGUUUGUUAGGUUGUGUUUGUUAGGUUGUGUUUGUUAGGUUGUGUUUGUGAGGUUGUGUUUGUUAGGUUGUGUUUGUGAGGUUGUGUUUGUUAGGUUGUGUUUGUUAGGUUGUGUUUGUGAGGUUGUGUUUGUUAGGUUGUGUUUGUGAGGUUGUGUUUGUGAGGUUGUGUUUGUUAGGUUGUGUUUGUGAGGUUGUGUUUGUGAGGUUGUGUUUGUGAGGUUGUGUUUGUUAGGUUGUGUUUGUUAGGUUGUGUUUGUGAGGUUGUGUUUGUUAGGUUGUGUUUGUUAGGUUGUGUUUGUUAGGUUGUGUUUGUGAGGUUGUGUUUGUGAGGUUGUGUUUGUUAGGUUGUGUUUGUUAGGUUGUGUUUGUGAAGUUGUGUUUGUUAGGUUGUGUUUGUUAGGUUGUGUUUGUGAGGUUGUGUUUGUGAGGUUGUGUUUGUGAGGUUGUGUUUGUGAGGUUGUGUUUGUGAGGUUGUGUUUGUUAGGUUGUGUUUGUUAGUUUGUGUUUGUGAGGUUGUGUUUGUGAGGUUGUGUUUGUUAGGUUGUGUUGGUGAGGUUGUGUUUGUGAGGUUGUGUUUGUGAGGUUGUGUUUGUGAGGUUGUGUUUGUGAGGUUGUGUUUGUGAGGUUGUU